AUUAGUCUGAAAGUGCGAGCCUCUCGAAGAGAAAGAGGAACAUGAAGCCUAGGAUUUUCUCGGUUGUUUCUACGUUGCUGUUAUUUUACGCUUCAGUGGUUCGACCUAAGGAGACAACGGACAGAGUGGAAUGUCUGCACGAUGAUAGAUUCUACCGGAAUCCAAAAACUCCAGCGCACAAAAUCUGGACGCAGGAUGAAUGCGCGAAGUACUACCUCUGCUUAGAUAGCGACGUCUUUGAGUUCAAGUGUUCGCAUGGCUUACUCUUCGACGUAUCCCGUCAGAUAUGUGAUUUUAAGGCAAAUGUCGACAACUGUGACGUGAGUUUGGAGGAAAUACCCCCGAAGCCACUUCUCGACGACGGUGAAUGCGAGGAUGAUACCUUGGCAUGUGGAGACGGAACGUGUUUACCUUCCCUUUACUUUUGCGACGGAAGCGUUGACUGUCCGGAUGCCUCGGACGAGGCCUGGUGCGAUACAGAGAAGGACCGCAACGCGGCACCGUCUUGCGACCCUGAAAAAUGCCACCUGCCAGACUGUUGGUGUUCCAAAGAAGGUACCAGAGUACCUGGAAACCUGAGCGUCUCCAACAUUCCCCAGAUGAUCUCGAUAACUUUCAACGAUGCCGUCAACGCCGAAAAUAUUGACCUUUACUCAAACAUAUUCAACGACGCGAGGAGAAAUCCGAACGGAUGCCCAAUUCGUGGUACAUUCUACGUAAGCCAUCAAUUCACAAAUUACAGAGACGUACAAAGUUUGUGGAACAAUGGCCAUGAAAUUGCAGUUCAUUCCGUAACACAUCGAGGCCCUGAAGAAUGGUGGUCGAAAAAUGCAACUAUCGAAGAUUGGUUCGACGAAAUGGUCGGGGAGGCGAAUAUCAUACACAAAUACGCGGGAGUACGAAUCGAGGAGAUCAGAGGACUGCGAGUGCCGUUUCUCCAAGUCGGAUGGAACCGUCAGUUUCUCAUGAUGACGGAGUUCGGAUUCGCCUACGAUUCGACAAUCGUAGCCCCGUUCUCGAAUCCACCGAUUUGGCCCUACACCCUAGAUCAUCAACCUCCUCACCCUUGCGGCAGCCCCGGUCAGUUGUGUCCAACACGUUCGUACCCAGGCCUCUGGGAGAUACCGAUAAACCAACUGCUGCUAGGGAAUUACACGUGCACCAUGAUUGACUCUUGUACGCGGGAUCUGUCAGGGGAAGAAAUAUAUCGUAUGCUCACGGUUAACUUCAACAGACAUUAUCUACAAAAUCGGGCACCCUAUGGACUCUACUUUCAUGCAGCUUGGUUCAAGAACCCAGCAUACCACUACGCGUUCUCGAAAUUCAUUGACGACACUCUGCAGCUUCCAGACGUUUACUUUGUAACUAGUAAUCAAAUGGUUGAAUGGAUGCGAAAUCCAACGCCGUUAAACAAGCUAAAGAAUUUUCAGCCAUGGAACUGCAACAAGCGGCAAUUCGAGCCCCGGGAAAUUGCCUGCGCCUUGCCGAACACGUGCAAGUUGUACAGUAGUGUCUUAAAGUCUGAUAGAUAUUUGUACACGUGUUACGAAUGUCCGAAACAAUAUCCCUGGUUAAGAAAUGAGUUUGGAUUGAACUAAGGUUAUUCCAAGUAGUAGAAAAACAAUUGACCGCCGGUUAAUAAUACGAAUGAUUACUGUGAAUUCCGCGUUCGUAAAAUAAGGAAAAAAGCCAUUGACCAUAAACCGAAGACGUACCGACACGUGUAGAUGGUCAACUCUACGGAAAUGAUCCUCUGACGUAGAAUUUAUUGAUUACGUGGAAAGUAGAAAAUAGAACGAAUUAAAGUGAGCAAAGACGUUGCGGAUUUGUAAGAUGAAAUUUUUUUGGCCGUAAAAAAAGAUAGGCUAACUUUUUAACCUUUUGAAUUUUAUUGGUAUAAAAUUUGUCAUCUCUGAACGGAAAUUUUUUUACGUGUCUCUUCAGCUGUUGAUCUCACAAGCUUUUCAAAGCCUUAUAUGACUUCUGUGGGAUCUAAUUAGCCUAGUAAGGAUGGUACAAAUCGAUGCUGGGAUGAAAAAAUUUUUGUUUCAAAUAUCGCAAAAAAUGUAAAUUCUUUGAACUUUUCAGGUCAUAUUUUGCAAAUUUUAGUAAAUGCUGGAAUCGAUUAAUUCAUGCCCAAUAUCGACGUAAUUUGGAGAGAGGAAUUCAUUACGACUGGCAAACCGAGUUGCGAAGAGGUGGAAGAGAAAAAUAACGAAUUCAUAGCUACCAAGUUCCAGUUCCAGUUUAUUCAAUGUGCCUUAGUUCUAAUACAAGUGUUCAGGUGUCAGUGUAUACUACCUUACCAAAUUUCCAAAUAGUAUAGUUCUAAUAUGUUGCACUAAUACAUUAUAGUAUUAAUGAUAUAAUAUAUCAAUAAUUCCUGUAAUAAUACAUUCAUUGGUAUAAUUAGGAUAAUAUUUCCAACGUUAUUGGUGUUCACGACAAAAAGUUGCAGAACAAUGAACUAACAUGACACAAGGAGUCUGAAUACAGCAUAGGGAAAAAAUACUACGAUAUAUAUUGCAUUAGGCUGGAUAUAAACAAUGUUGUACAAAAUAAUUAUUACUGCAGUUUCUAAGUGCGGUUUCAAUUUCAGCCUUGGUACAGGUGCAAUGCACCGUCGCAGAAAGCGAGACGUAUAAUAAAAUACAAUAGAUACAAUAGAUUGGAUUGUUACGAUUUUGCGUAACCUGGAAUA